GACAGUAAUGUGCCUCCGUCCAAGAAGAAGCGCCAACUUCCGCCGUCCUGGUCUGAAGAAGCCCUCGAGAAGGUGACAACGUCUAGAUCGUCGACAAUCAGGCCUCAAAUCAGGAAUUUGCCGAGCACAAGUAGUCCAGUGGCUAUUAAACGACCGGCUGGAGUAUUUCUCAGUCCAGAACAGAGUCAAAUUCUCCGAUUAGUAGAGGAAGGAACGAGUGUAUUCUAUACGGGGAGUGCAGGGACUGGAAAGUCUGUCCUCUUACGUGAAAUUAUAAAGACCAUGAAGAAAAAGCACAAAUCAUUAGACGCGGUCGCCAUCACCGCUUCUACAGGUGAU